UGAAAAAAGAGCGUCAAAAUGGAGGACUAGGUUACCAAAACAUAAAAAUUACCGCGAAAAUGACAGCAGUUAGCACCGAAAGAGCUUACUCUGCAUUUGAAAAACAACUUAGAACUUUAUGUUUACGCGAAUUUCCAUGCGGAACUGGUUCUUGGAGAGAAACUAAAACCAAAAAUCUUCAAUUGCUCAAAUCAAAAGACAAUGUGGAUAGCCGAUUUUCCGUAACAUUAAAAGAUUUUGGUGCUGAUCAUGAGAAGACAGAAAACUUAGAAGAGCAUGUUACCUCCAAAUACUCCCCAUGGCAUUUGGAUUACAGCUGGAGUAAAGAAGCGAAGAAACUUAGAGAGCUGGCUGUGAAAUCCCCAUGGCUCAUAGAUGACAACUUCAUAUUAAGUUUUUUCAAAACACUUAGAAUCUGUGAUAAAAAUGUAACUGAAGUUGAUGAAAACCUACUAAAAUUCAAGGCACUUGAAGAGUUAACACUAAGUGCUAACAGAAUCAUAACAGUCAACUCUAAAAAUUUACCAACAUCUCUAAAGGUUUUGGAAUUGUGUGCCAAUCAGAUCAGUGAUAUCUCUGCAUUAUGUGUCCGUCCACCCCCAUUGAUCCACCUAGGGCUAGGCUCCAACAAAAUCUCUUUUAUUGGAGAUUACCUGACUGGAGAUUAUUGGCCAAAUCUACUCUCUUUAGAUUUAAGCCAUAAUAAUUUAAGUGACCUCCUAGAUGUCAUUAGGAAACUUGGAUCCUUGCCAAAGUUACGGAACCUUAUUCUACAAGGCAAUCCUCUCUCGCUCAUUCCAGGUUACCGUGGUUACACCAUAGACAGUUUACGGAAGCUGAGCAUUCUUGAUGACAUCAUGAUAUCAGCUGAUGAAAAACAUCACUACAAAGGCUUGGCUAGAAGACGAGAGUACAUUUUGGAUGAAGCUAAAGUGUCUUUAGAAGUUACAUAUAUCAAAGGUGUCCCCAUGCCAGAUGAACUGAAGAAUCCAGAGGAACAACCAGAGUUCCCCAAGAUUGAAAGAAAGUAUUUCGUACAGUUUAUGUUUCCACAAGAUGUGUCUCAAAAAGCAGAGAUCUUCCAAAUCUGUGAUGACGACUUUAAUGGCCUUUCACCUCUUCCAGUCUCCGAGGGGUCACAGUUUACACCACAGCCUACGAGUCCAAUACUGGAGGAAGGAGAAUUACGAGUAUACUCACAGCAGAGUCAGAACACGGAGGCGGUUAAAAAUGUAAACUUCACCGCUCAGCCAGAGGUGGUGUCUGCCAGAGAACCAACAGCUGAAUAUGAACGUCCUCCGGAUGAAAUUCCUCUUUCUGUGACUCCCAAGCAAAGCGAAGAAGCAGAACAGGAUGAAACGAUGGAAGCUAAAACAGAAAUUCAGCUAGAAGCCAUAAAGUCAGAAGGCGGAAUAUGGGCUGAGGAGAUUGAGUUAAACUGGUCUCAAGUAGCAGUGCGAGAUGAACUCUUGACCCUGCGAAACUUCUUGAAGCAAGGAAUGGAUUUUUCUGUUGUAGAGGAAAUGGUCCUUUGCUAUCAAAAUGAUGACCCCUCAAACCCCAGUUCACCCACAAGCAAGGGCAAAGAGGGCAAAGAUAAGAAAGAUGCCAAGAAAUCAGAUAAGAAAGAUGAGAAAGGAAAAGGAGGAAAAGAUGAUAAAAAAGAUGACAAGAAAGGAGGGAAGAAAAAGAAAGAGCCAGAAGUGGAACUAAAGCGGAUGCCCCCCACAUACACCACACUAGCCAUGUGGCACAUUCCACUGGUGGAUUUCUUGGAAGGGGAGUAUGAGUUCCGCUCCGUGUUCACACAGGGAGGAGUGGAAGUGGCAUCAACUAUAAAAAGUCUGGACAUUGGAAAGAAAGACAAAGAUAAGAAAAAACCUGGCUCCUCAAAACCAAAGAAAGAUGAAAAAGGAGGAAAAGAUUCUAGACGUUCCAGUGUUAUUGGAAAGAUGAAAGCAGGCAGUGCGAGGUCUCGAUCAGGUGGAAAAACUCCUAGUUCCGUCAGCUCACAUGGGGGAAGGAAAAUGAGUGCAGCUGGUCAGAAAAAGGAUGAUAAGAAAGGAGACAAAGGGAAGGGUGGUAAGGCCGCUGCUCCCGCUCCCGAGGAAGAGGAGGACCAGGGUCCACCACCUCCACUGGAGGUUCAGGUAGCAGUCAGGCUUCAUCACUGGAAAACAGCCAUGGACUCUCUAAAAGAGGAGGAAGAAAAGAACAAGGCAAUGGCUGAGGAGCAGCAACAGGGGUGAUAACUUACUGCCUGAAGAUUAAGAAGAUUUUAAGGAAUCAUGGAACUGUUUUGGAAAGACAAUCUAGUGAAUAAAAAAUUCUUAUGGAACAUCAAGAGUAAAAACCUAUUAUCAAACAGAAACCAAAUGUGCUGUAUAAAGAAAUCAUGACUUUAUAUAUCUAAACAUGUAUGAUCACUCACUUCUAAGUGCAUAAUAAUGUGAAAAUCCUGAAGAGUGCACAUUUAUCUUGAAGAUUUUUGUCUUUAAUCUGUGAUAAUUCUGUGCAGGUGUUGUAAUCUAUUAUGUGAUAUUAAAAUGAUUGUUAUUUUUAA